AUGAAGGUGGAGGACACAAGAGCAGAGCCUCGAGCAGAUUGCAGCACCGGGGAGAUGGUUGGAGUUUGGGGAAGUGGGAUGAUGGGGGUCCCUUUUUUGCACCCUGCUUGUCAGGGUGUUCGGGAGAGUGGGUUGGGAAUUGGUUGGCAUCAAGCCCAGUGGGCAUCCAAGGGAUGGCUCUGGCCUAGCACGCUCCAAAGGGAUGGCUCGGGUCCGGUGCACUCCCAAUGGGAUGGCUCUGGUCCGGUGCGCUCCCAGAGGGAUGGCUCUGGUCCGGUGCGCUCCCAGAGGGAUGGCUCUGGUCCGGAGCGCUCCCAGAGGGAUGGCUCGGGUCCGGUGCGCUCCCAAAGGGAUGGCUCGGGUCCGGUGCGCUCCCUAAGGGAUGGCUCAUGUCCGGUGCGCUUCCGGAGGGAUGGCUCGGGUCCGGUGCGCUCCCAAAGGGAUGGCUCGGGUCCGGUGCGCUCCCCAAGGGAUGGCUCUGCUCCCUCCGAGUCUCCUCCCAGCCCUGCUGCUCCCAGCCGCACCCUGUCCGUUUCUCCCUCUGCAGCUGCUGCUUGUGAUGGCCAGGUCUUGGCACAGCACCGUCCCUCGCUGCACAGCCUGCUGGACCACAGCGACGAGCUCUCUGCUGCUGCGCUGCUGCUGCUCGAGUGGCACUCGCUUAAGACACAUGGCGCCUCAUUCGGUGAGUCCAUGUAUGGCCUUCGCCGCAUCUCCACCGCUCCCCACUGCCCUUCACCCAGCCAAGCAGCUCUACGGACAGAGGCAGCAGCAGGAAGGGCGGAGGGAGCAGGCAGAGGAGAGAGUGCGACAGGGGGACAGGAGGGCGGGUCGGCAUCAUAUGGCAUGUCUCGCAAGCAGGGGGCGCUUUCUCUUCUCUUUCUGGUGCUGCUGCCCUACCUGCGCGCCAAGCUCCACGCCCUGUUUGCCGCCCGCCAAAGGCAGAGGCAGGCCCGCGCGCUGUGGGUGGGGGGGGAAGGGGGGACGAUGGGUGGGGGGGAACAGGGGAGGGAUGGCGGGAAUAAUGCUGGUCUCGGGCAAGGGGAUGGGGAUGGGUACGGGGAUGGGUAUGGGUAUGGUGGGGCCAUGGGAGGUGAAGAGCGCAGUGAGAGUGGCAGCAGCAGUCCUGGGAGCAUGGGUUCUGUGGGUUCCCUGCAUGGGCACGAGCAGCUAGAUGAUGGGUUGGGGACUGAUGGAUUGAGGGACGAAACGCCAGGGGGUGAGGGUGUGGCAGGAGCAGCAGCAAGAGUUACCGAUGGGCGUGCGGAGGGAGGAGCAGGAGAGGAGGAGGCGGACGGGCAAGGGGGGCAGGUGGUCACAGGAGGGGCCACUGCUGGCAAUUCAGAUGCCAGAGGCAACGUUGGAAGGAGGAGCAGUGCGAUUGGCAGCAGCAGGAGCAGUGGGAGAGGCAGCAGGAGGUGGCGGCAGGUGGUGCGAGUGCUGCGGUGGGUGCAGCGACGGGCUGCUGGAGCUCAACCUUUGAACCAAGCUCUGUCUCACGCUGCUGAGCUGAGAGGUGCUGCUGUGGCAUACCCCUGGGCUGGGCUAGAGCUCUGCAUUCACUGCAAGUUCUGCCUCAGGGUCCUGAGAGGUGCUGCUGUGGCGUACCCCUGGCUGCAGGUGCCAUAUGAAGGUGAGCUGUGUGGGGCCGAUGUUGGCUCCACAGGCGGCUUUAUGUCAUGCCCACCACGCCUCACUACCAACCUUUGUGAGCUCUGUCUGCUCCUUACAUUUCCCUCCUCCCUUCUCUCCCCCCCCACUCUCGGGCCUGUGUCUGCCCUACGUGGUGGAUGCCACACACCACCUCAUUACCAACCGUUGCAAGCUCUCUGCCUUGUUCUUUUCCUUCCCUUUCCCCCUUCCAACCUCUUCCACCCACCCACCCUCCCCGCUCUCUCUCUUCCUUCCCACUCCACCAGGCCUGUGUCUCUGUACCAGCUGCUGCCUGUGUCUGCUGUACCAGCUGCUAUACGUGAUGAACGCCACGCCUUCUCACCGUUGCCUGUGUCUGCCGUACCAGCUGCUAUACGUCAUGGAUGGCACCGUUGCCUGUGUCUGCUAUACCAGCUGCUCUACAUGAUGGAUGCCACGCCUCACUACUCGCCCAUCCUGCACCUCCUCUCCCUCUCGCUGCGCCGAGCCACACCACAGGAGCUGGCUGUUCAAGCAGCGCUCCUGAAAGCCCUCUAUUACACCAUGGACUAUGCCCAGACGUCUGUUAUUGCUGCUGUCUUUGCCUUCAAGGUGGCUCCUGCAGGCAUCCCAGUGCCGGCUGAUCGCUCCCUGUGUCCGCUCUGCCUCUGCCUUUGCAUCCCUGUGCCCUCUGAUCGCUCCCUGUGUCCGCUCUGCCUGUGCCGCCGCACCAACCCCACUGCCCCUGCCACCUCCGGCUUCAUCUUCUGCUACCCCUGCAUCUUCGCCUACGUGGAUAAGGUUGGCUGUACCUCUGGCUUCAUCUUCUGCUACCCCUUCAUCUUUGCCAACGUGGAUAAGUUUGGUCGCUGCCCCAUCACCCACCACCCCACCACUGUGGACCAACUCAGGCGCCUCUUCCCCGAUGCAUAA